GAGAUAAAGCAUCGGAGCUUUAAAUUUUAGUCCCGAUCUAUCCCCCGAACAUCAAAAUUACGUAGCUGCAACCCUCCACCGUAGUAGUUGCUUCCUGUAUUUACAACUAACAAUAAUUAAGAAACCGACGAUUAAACCUUGGACUCUAUCAAUUUCAAUCACCCAAACGAUUCUCUUCUUCCUCAUUUUACUACUUUGGAUAUAUAAAAGCAUGACGCCCUAAACAGAGCUGCCCGCCUCCCAUACAUAGCCGCCUAGCUCUCACCUCCCAAUCAUCUCAACAACAAAACCCCCAUGGCGAGCAAAUCGCGAUGGGCCGACACGGCCGAAGACGCCGCCCUCGAAGCCAAACUCAAGCACGAAAAAGAAGAAAAGAAACGCAUAAAAGCCGAAAAAGCACGUAAAGCAGAACAGGAGCGACUCGAAGCCGAAGCAACGAAACGACAAGCCUUACAAGACCAACAACAACAGCAACAAGACGACCGACCACCUGCCAAGCGACGGAAAGUAACACCUGAACCAGAAAACGAGAAUAGUAUUAAGCUGUUGCGCUUUGAGGGAGGAACUUGGAGCAAGUCGCGCAGUGUCGAGAAUUAUGAUAAACUGAAUGAUAUUGAGGAGGGUGCGUACGGGUGGGUAGCGCGUGCGAAGGAGAUAAAAACGGGGAAAGUAGUCGCGUUGAAGCGUCUUAAGAUCGAUCCGACCGACACCGCAGGACUACCCGAGACAGGCCUACGAGAAAUACAAAUCCUAAAAGAUUGCUCGCAUCGCAAUGUAGUCGAGCUGCGGGAGGUGGUAGUCGGGGACGAUACAUCGCGCAUUGAGAACGUGUUUCUAGUCCUCGAAUUCUUGGAACACGAUCUCAUGUCCGUACUUAGCGAUAUGCCGGAACCGUUCCUGGCUUCGGAAGUUAAGACUUUGUUGCUGCAGCUCGCGAGCGGUGUUGAGUAUUUACAUGAUCGCUGGAUAUUGCAUCGGGACUUGAAGACCUCAAAUUUACUCCUGAAUAACCGCGGCCAGCUUAAGAUUGCGGAUUUUGGCAUGGCGCGUUAUGUUGGGGACCCCCCGCCCGCGAAACUUACCCAACUCGUUGUUACAUUAUGGUACCGCGCCCCUGAACUAUUACUAGGCACAAAGACAUACGACUCCGCUGUUGAUAUGUGGAGUGUGGGAUGCAUAUUUGGCGAACUACUAGCGCGCGAGCCGCUACUACAAGGCAAAAACGAAGUCGACGAACUUGCGAAAAUCUUCGAGCUUUGCGGCAUACCCACCGACGAGUCCUGGCCUGGCUUCCGUCGCCUGCCUAAUGCCCGGCACCUUCGUUUACCUAAAACUGGUACUAACACCGGCCCUAUCAUCCGUGCCCGGUUUCCAAUGUUAACGACGGCUGGGUGCGCAUUACUUAGUAGUCUACUAUCAUUAGAUCCAGACAGACGCCCCACAGCAAAGGAAAUGCUACAGCAUGGGUUCUUCCGGCAAGAUCCUAAGCCCAAGCACGAAGCUAUGUUCCCGACAUUCCCUAGUAAAGCUGGCCAGGAGCGAAGACGCAGAAGGUCGACACCAAAUGCUCCUGGAAGGGGGCAAAAGGCGGCAGAUCUGGGUAAUGUGGAUUUCAGCGGAAUAUUCGCGUCAAGAGAAAAGGAAGAACGGGGCGCCGGGUUCUCCUUGAGGAUGGUAUAAAUAUUGGCAUAUCCAGAUCAAAUAAAAUAAGCACCACGAUAAACACUAUUGGUUUAUAAGCAAGCGUGAAGUUAUCUUUGAACCUGACUAGGCGUGUUAUUGUGUCAUUAAGAGCUAUAUAGAUGGUGACGAUAGAUAAAAACAACCCUUUCCGAUGCCAUAAAUAUUCUAAAUAAUAAAUGUCACCAUUUUCGAUCCGUCGCCAGAAAGAUUUCCACCCUUCCCCUAUCGGCCCUUGCAAUUGCAAUAGAUCUCGUAUCAAAAAACGCCAGUGCAUGAUGUAUUGUCCUGAUUUGAAAUUCCCAGAUUAUACCGUUGUGUUUAUAAAUGUCUGCAUUA